UGGUCGGGCAGGCGGGGCAGCGGCGCCCGCGGCCGGCCCAUCGCUCUGGUGGGCGCCGUGGACUCCAGCGAGGCAGGCUCCUCGUCAGACGCCGCCGGUCAGCGGGGACCCGCUGACCAGCCCGACCCCGCCGCUGUCGCUGCCGAGAAACAGAAACGGAUCAAAAUCUCCUUCGAUGGCCAGGGCCUGUUCGCCUGGCCGGAGUCGGUGGACAAGGCGGUCAACCUGCUCACGCUGCAGAGCAACUUCAUCAGCCGGCUGCCGGACGGUCUCUACCUGCCGGCACUGGUGCUGCUCGACCUCUACGAUAACCAGUUGGAGAGGCUCGGCGGCCUCCGGCACCUCGAGACACUCCGCGUUCUCGUCGUCGCCAGAAAUAGGCUGCGCAAGAUCGAGGGUCUGGAGCAGCUGGUGCACCUGGAGAUCCUGGACCUGCAUAGUAACUACAUCACGCGCACCACCGGCCUGGAGACGCUCAGUCGUCUGCGCGUGCUGAACCUGGCCAAUAACUGCGUGCGCACAGUGGGCGGCCUGGCCGGCCUGGGCAGCCUGCAGCAGCUGAACCUGCGCGGCAACUCGCUGCGCCGGCUGGUCGGCCUCGAGCAGCUGCCGCGACUCGUCAAACUCAACCUGGCGCACAACGACAUACGCAGGCCGGAGGACGUCGAGUGCCUGGUGAACUGCCACCAGCUGGAGGAGCUCUCGCUGAACGGCGCACCAGUAGCCGCCCACCCCGGCUACCACCCGCUCCUCUACCGACUGAAGCGGCUCAAACUGCUCGACGGGAUGCACGUGGAGCGGGGCCCUGAGGAGCCGGCAGUCGGGCCGGCCGGGGCAUCCGAGCCGGCGCCGCCGGCCCGGCUGCCGGACCUGGUGCCGGCCUGUGAGAGGUCCGUGAGCGCCAGCGCCAGCUCCGUCAGCUCGCUGAGCGAGGAGGCGGCAGCCGCGGCACCGGGCUGCCGCUGCGGCCGGCCAGCGCCGCUCGACUCGGCCGACACGCUGCGCACCGGCGAGACAGAGCUGGAGAUCAAAGACGGCUGUCUGAUCGUCUCCGGAGACCGGGCACUCAGGCUGCUGGCCACCUGGGAGCCGCGGGACGCCGGUCAGGUGCGCUGUCUGGCCUUCAGCCGGCUCGAGUUUGACCAGCUGGCGCCGCUGUUGGCCGCGCUGCGGGACCGGUUCCCGCAGGCGGCCGCGCUGCGUCUGGGCGCGGUGCGUCUCAGCACGCUGUCGCAGCUGAACGCCGUCAGCCGGCUGGGCGAGCUGCGUCAGCUGACGGUGGAGCCGGCCGGGAACCCGGUGACGCAGCAGCGCCUGUGGCGGCCGUACGCCGUCUACCGACUCCACCACCGCGGCCUGAGGCGGAUCAACGACACGGCCGUCAGCGGCGAGGAGGCGGCCGCCGCCGCCGCUCAGUUCGGACCGCUCGGCCGACUCGCCUUCUGCUGCCUGCCAGAGAGCCGGCUGGUCGAGAUCGCCGAGCGGCUCUGGUUCAGCGACGUCAGAACCAAAAACGGUGACACCAGACCGACCGUGGAGCAGGUCCGCCGCCGGCUGGCCGACCCCCGACUCCAGGGUGUCAUGGAGCGUGAAGCGCUGCUCUACAGUCCGCGGCGCACCGCCGGCCCGUGUCCGUCGCUGGAGGCCCCUCUGCGGGAGGCGCAGCGCUCGGUGGCGGCGCUGCGCACCUUCCACGGCCUGCUGCCCAGCCUGCUGCGGGAGCUGAGCGGCUCCGCGCACCAGCGGCGAGCCGGCUCGGCCACGGCCGGCCACGAGACGCGCGCCCUGCUGGACCAGCUGGCCGCCUCCAUCGACGGUCCCAGCUCGUGACGCUGAGCCGCGCGGCCCCGCCGUCCCAGCCCUGCCCUCAAACGGAGCGGGCGUUGCGUGCUCCAGCGAUAACAGGCCAGCGCCCCGUCCCCUUAGGUGGCUCACGAGACCCGUCGCCGACCCACGCCGUGCUCCACGCCACACGCGCGGGGCUGAGGUGAUUGGAAACCAACUGGGUCACCGCGACCGCCCCCUGAUGUCAUCGAGCGGGAGAGCUGCCGACUCCGCCCGCCGCCAGGCAGAGUUUGGGGUGAGGGGAGAGAGCGAGGGAGGGAAGGACGCCAUAGACUGCCAUCCAAACCAACUGUGAUCAUCCUCGCAAAUCUAUGUCAAGGAAU